AUGUCCUCUUCUUCCACUGUAUUUACUAAACCGGUUCUUAAAACGAAAAAACCAAGCAAAAUAAAACUACUCUUUUUAGUCUUGGGGAGAGUUAUUAAAAAUAAUCCCUUACUAUUUCUUUUCUGUUCCUUAUUGGCAGUAAUUACGGCGGUGAUUAACUUUAAUAUUGGAGUUAAUGUAAAAAAUUUAGUACUCCAUAAAGAAAAAACUCUGAGCGAACAGGUUAUUAAAGAAAUAGAAAGGGAAGGAGGAGAAGAAAAAAAAGGCCUUGACAUUCAAAAAGAAAGGAUCAGAGAAAUAUUAAAAAUAAACACUGACGCAACCAAUCAAAGGCAAAAAGAAGUCAAAGAAAAUAUUGAAAACGAAAUCAAAGGGAAUGGUUCCUUAAAAAAAGAGGAAAUUAAAGAAAUAAUUGAAAAGGCUAGUGUAGGAGGACGGAGAAUUGAUCAAUUGACUGAUUUCGAAUUUGAGUUUAAUUUCUUUGGCUUACACUGA